AUGCAAUGGACCCUCCAUCAUGGUUACAAAAUAGCUUUAGCAAUCAUAAUUAAAGAUACGUCUCAUUAUAAUCAUAAACACAAACGAAUACGUAAUCUUAAAGAUUAUUUAACAGAAGAUGAAGGAGUAAAUGAAGGAACAUGGGCCUCUGAUGGUAUAAUCACACCUUUGAAGAUUGCGUCCCGACAUAAGAUUGUACAGGAUUUGGAAGAAGCACUUUGUAAAAACGAAAGAGAUGAAAUUUUGGAGAAAUUAUUAUUAUAUUUUCUAAAGAAUCUAAAGAAUCAAGACAAACUUAUCAAUCCAAUUUCUUUACAUAAAGAAUUAGUAAGUCAUAUUGAUAACAUUAUACAAGAAGAUAAAGGUUUUUAUACCAGAGUCAAUCCUUUAAAAAAUGUUGAAAAUUUUUAUAAAUUAUCAGUUCGUGACAAGGUUCUAAUAUUGAAGGAUAUGGUGAUUAAACAAUUUUAUGUUUCCACAAAAAUUAAAGAACUUGUCAAAAAAAAAUAUCCAAUGAGUAAAGGAAAUGAUAGUAUUCCAUUUGAUGUUGAGAAAAUAGGAUCAGAUUCCGAUGGUUCUAAAUAUUAUUAUGUUGGAAUUGGAUCUAGGAUUUAUAAAGAAUCUAUUGUAAAUAAUAAUGUUUUAUGGAGUGUCGGUACUACAACGGUUGAGGAUGUAGCAAAUCUUGAGAAAUAUUUUGAGAAACAUACAAGUAUAGAAAAAAAUGAUUUAAAACCCAUUAAUUCUCCAAAAAGAAUAAGAAUAAAAACCGGAACCAAUAAUAAUAUUUUGCAAAAUAAAGAACCAGUAGUAAUAGCACCAGUGGUAGUAGUUGGUUCAUCUGAUAGAAAAAUUUAUAUACCUAACAGUAUUGAAUUGCAAAAACUUGAAUGGUCACUCAAUCAUCGAUUUUUUCUUGAGGAGGAAGCAAAAUAUGAUGAAUCAGAAAAUACUGAUGCGGAUUUAUCAUCAUAA